UUAACCUAGUGUGUGACUGUGAUCUUCUGUGAGGGAGCGAGUGAGUGUGAGGUAUUGAGGUGAGGCGGAAGCUAGAAAAGGGGCUCUUUCAGGAGCGAGGGACAAAGGGGGCGUGAGGCACCUAGGCCGCGGGACCCCAGCGACAGGAAGCCGCCCCGAGCCGGGCUACCGGGUAGGGGAAGGGCCCGCGCAGUCCUCACAGGGCCCCAGAGCCGGAGUCGGCCCCACAGCCCCGGGCCGUCGGCUUCCUACUUUCUCGACCUCCCCGGCGCCUGGGCCUGAGGAGUGGCUUGGCGUGGGGAGGAGGGGAAACAGACUCGAGCGGCUACCCGUUGUCUCGCAACUCCACUGCUGAGGAACUCUCAUUUCUUCCCUGGCUCCUUCACCCCCCACCUCAUGUAGGAGGGUGCUGAGGAGUCGGGAGGGAGGAGGAGCCUGGGCUACCGUCCCUUCCCUCCCCACCCCCUUGUAGGGGCGCUUUGGUAGGCGUGGGGCUGGGGCUGGGGGGGAGGGUGGGGGUUACUUUUUGGAGUGCUGGGGAACUUUUUCCCCUUUUUGAGGCCAGGGGAAAGGGAAUGCCCAAUCCAGAGAGACAUGGGGGCAAGAAGGACGGGAGUGGAGGAGCUUCUGGAACUUUGCAGCCGUCAUCGGGAGGUGGCAGCUCCAACAGCAGAGAGCGUCACCGCUUGGUGUCGAAGCACAAGCGGCAUAGGUCCAAGCACUCCAAAGACAUGGGGUUGGUGACCCCCGAAGCAGCACCUUUGGGUACAAUUAUCAAACCUUUGGUGGAGUAUGAUGACAUUAGCUCUGAUUCCGAUACCUUCUCUGACGACAUGGCCUUCAAACUGGACCGGAGGGAGAAUGAUGAACGUCGCGGGACUGAUCGGAGUGACCGCCUGCACAAACACCGUCACCACCAGCACAGACGUUCCCGGGACUUACUAAAAACUAAACAGUCAGAGAAAGAAAAAAACCUGGAAGCCUCCAGCAAGUCGGGAUCGAUGAAGGACCGGAUAUCAGGAAGUUCAAAGCGUUCAAAUGAGGAGAAUGAUGACCAUGGGAAGACGCAGAUCUCCAAAAGCAGCAGCAACAAGGAAUCCAGGUCAUCCAAACUCCAUAAGGAGAAGACCCGGAAAGAACGUGAGUUGAAGUCCGGGCACAAAGACCGGAGUAAAAGUCAUCGGAAAAGGGAAACACCCAAAAGUUACAAAACCGUAGACAGCCCCAAACGGAGGUCCAGGAGUCCCCACCGGAAGUGGUCGGACAGCCCCAAGCAAGAUGAUAGCCCGUCAGGAGCUUCUUACGGCCAAGAUUAUGACCUUAGUCCCCCGAGAUCUCACACCUCUAGCAAUUAUGACUCCUACAAGAAGAGUCCGGGAAGUACCUCAAGAAGGCAGUCAAUCAGCCCACCUUACAAGGAGCCUUCGGCCUACCAGUCCAGCACACGGUCACCCAGUCCCUACAGUAGACGACAGAGGUCUGUAAGUCCCUAUAGCCGGCGACGUUCUUCCAGCUAUGAAAGGAGUGGCUCUUACAGUGGGAGAUCACCCAGUCCCUACGGCCGAAGGCGGUCCAGCAGCCCUUUCCUGAGCAAGCGCUCUCUGAGCCGGAGUCCGCUCCCCAGUAGAAAAUCCAUGAAGUCUAGAAGUAGAAGUCCUGCAUAUUCAAGACACUCAUCUUCUCAUAGUAAAAAGAAGAGAUCCGGGUCACGCAGUCGACAUUCCAGUAUCUCACCUGUCAGGCUUCCACUGAACUCCAGCUUGGGAGCUGAACUCAGUAGGAAAAAGAAGGAAAGAGCAGCUGCUGCUGCAGCAAAAAUGGAUGGAAAGGAAUCCAAGGGUUCACCUAUAUUUUUGCCUAGAAAAGAGAACAGUUCAGUAGAGGCUAAGGAUUCAGGCGUGGAGUCUAAAAAGUUACCCAGAGGUAUAAAAUUGGAAAAAUCUGCCCCAGAUACUGAACUGGUGAAUGUAACACAUCUAAAUACAGAGGUCAAAAAUUCUUUAGAUACAGGGAAAAUAAAGUUGGAUGAGAACUCUGAGAAGCAUCCUGUUCUUAAAGAUUCGAAAGGACAGGGAACAAGAGACUCUAAACCUGUAGCACUGAAAGAGGAGAUUGCUACUUCAAAAGAGACAGAGACAUCUGAAAAGGAGACCCUUCCACCUCUUCCCACAGUUACUUCUCCACCUCCUUUACCAACUACUACCCCUCCACCUCAGACACCCCCCUUGCCACCUUUGCCUCCACUACCAGCUCUUCCACAGCAACCACCUCUGCCUCCUCCCCAACCAGCAUUUAGUCAGGUUCUUUCUUCUAGUACUUCAACUUUGCCCCCUUCUAUUCACCCAAGGACAUCAACUCUGUCCACUCAGGCAAAUUCUCAGCCCCCUGUACAGGUUCCUGUGAAGACUCAAGUAUCUGUAACAGCUGCUAUUCCACACCUAAAAACUUCAACAUUGCCUCCUCUGCCCUUCCCACCCUUAUUACUGGGAGAUGAUGACAUGGAUAGUCCGAAAGAAACUCUACCUUCAAAACCUGUAAAGAAAGAGAAGGAACAAAGGCCACGUCACCUACUCACAGACCUCCCUCUCCCUCCAGAGCUCCCUGGUGGGGAUCCAUCUCCCCCAGACUCUCCAGAACCAAAGGCAAUCACACCACCUCAGCAACCAUACAAAAAGAGACCAAAAAUUUGUUGUCCUCGUUACGGAGAAAGAAGACAAACAGAAAGUGACUGGGGGAAACGCUGUGUGGACAAGUUUGACAUUAUUGGGAUUAUUGGAGAGGGAACCUAUGGCCAAGUAUAUAAAGCCAAGGACAAAGACACAGGAGAGCUAGUGGCCCUGAAGAAGGUGAGACUGGACAAUGAGAAAGAGGGCUUCCCAAUCACAGCUAUACGUGAGAUCAAAAUUCUUCGUCAGCUAAUCCACCGAAGUGUUGUUAACAUGAAGGAAAUUGUCACAGAUAAACAAGACGCGCUGGAUUUCAAGAAGGACAAAGGAGCCUUUUACCUUGUAUUUGAGUAUAUGGACCAUGACUUAAUGGGACUGUUGGAAUCUGGUCUGGUGCACUUUUCUGAGGAUCAUAUCAAGUCAUUCAUGAAACAGCUAAUGGAAGGACUGGAUUACUGUCACAAAAAGAAUUUCCUGCAUCGGGAUAUUAAGUGUUCUAACAUUUUGCUGAACAACAGUGGGCAAAUCAAACUAGCAGAUUUUGGACUUGCUCGGCUCUAUAAUUCUGAAGAGAGCCGCCCUUAUACAAACAAAGUCAUUACUCUGUGGUACCGACCUCCAGAACUUCUGCUGGGAGAGGAGCGUUAUACACCAGCAAUAGAUGUUUGGAGCUGUGGAUGCAUCCUUGGGGAACUGUUCACAAAGAAGCCAAUUUUUCAAGCCAAUCUGGAACUGGCUCAGCUAGAACUGAUCAGUCGACUCUGUGGUAGCCCUUGUCCAGCUGUGUGGCCUGAUGUUAUCAAGCUGCCUUACUUCAAUACAAUGAAACCGAAGAAGCAAUAUAGAAGGCGCCUACGAGAAGAAUUCUCUUUCAUUCCUUCAGCAGCACUUGAUUUACUGGACCACAUGCUGACGUUAGAUCCUAGUAAACGUUGUACAGCUGAACAGACCCUACAGAGUGACUUCCUUAAAGAUGUCGAGCUCAGCAAAAUGGAUCCUCCAGACCUCCCCCACUGGCAGGAUUGCCAUGAAUUAUGGAGUAAGAAACGGCGACGGCAGCGACAAAGCGGUGUUUUGGUAGAAGAGCCACCUCCACCCAAAGCCUCUCGAAAAGAAACUAUCUCAGGGACAAGUGCUGAGCCUGUGAAGAACAGCAGCCCAGCACCACCUCAGCCUACUCCUGGAAAGGUGGAGCCUGGGGCUGGGGAUGCAAUAGGCCUCGGUGACAUCACACAACAGUUGAAUCAAAGUGAGUUGGCAGUGUUAUUGAACCUGCUCCAGAGCCAAACUGACCUGAGUAUUCCUCAAAUGGCGCAGCUGCUUAACAUCCACUCCAAUCCAGAGAUACAGCAGCAGCUGGAGGCCCUGAACCAAUCCAUCAGUGUCAUAACAGAAGCCACUUCCCAACAGCAGGACUCAGAGCCCACGGCCCCAGAGGAAUCUUUGAAGGAGGCACCCCCUGCCCCAGUGGUCCAACCUUCAGCAGAACAGACAACCCCUGAAGCUUCAAGCACACCAGCUGACAUGCAGAAUAUGUUGGCAGUUCUCUUGAGUCAACUAAUGAAAACCCAGGAGCCAGCAGGCAACCUGGAGGAAAACAACAGUGACAAGAACAGUGGGCCACAGGGGCCCCGAAGAACUCCCACAAUGCCACAGGAGGAGGCAGCAGCAUGUCCUCCUCACAUUCUUCCACCAGAGAAGAGGCCCCCUGAGCCCCCCGGACCUCCACCGCCGCCACCUCCACCCCCUCUGGUUGAAGGCGAUCUUUCCAGCGCCCCCCAGGAGUUGAACCCAGCCGUGACAGCCGCCUUGCUGCAACUUUUAUCCCAGCCUGAAGCAGAGCCUCCUGGCCACCUGCCACAUGAGCACCAGGCCUUGAGACCAAUGGAUUACUCCACCCGACCCCAUCCCAACAGGACUUAUGGAAACAAUGAUGGGCCUGAAACAGGGUUCAGUGCCACUGACACUGAUGAACGCCACUCUGGUCCAGCCUUGACAGAAUCCUUGGCCCAGACCCUGGUGAAGAACAGGACCUUCUCGGGCUCUGUGAGCCACCUUGGGGAGUCUAGCAGUUACCAGGGCACAGGGUCAGUGCAGUUCCCAGGGGACCAGGACCUCCGUUUUGCCAGGGUCCCCUUAGCAUUACACUCAGUGGUCGGGCAACCAUUCCUGAAGGCUGAGGGAAGCAGCAACUCUGUGGUACACGCAGAGACCAAAUUGCAAAACUAUGGGGAGCUGGGGCCAGGAACCACUGGGGCCAGCAGCUCAGGAGCAGGCCUUAACUGGGGGGCCCCAGCUCAGUCUUCUGCUUAUGGAAAACUCUAUCGGGGGCCUACAAGAGUCCCUCAAAGAGGGGGAAGAGGGAGAGGAGUUCCUUACUAACCCAGAGACUUCAGAGUCCUGAAAGAUUCCUUCCCUAUCCAUCCUUCCACCCAGUCCUCUGAACCUUUAAUGAAAUCAUUUGCCAGAGCGAGGUGGCAGCAGCAGUAGGAGUGAUGGCCCCUGAGGAAUUUGGUAAUGUCCAUCAAUUACCUGACAUCCGGACCCCUGCAAAAUUCAGUCUCUUUCACAGACUUUAAGGCCAGGUUUGAUGGGAGAUUCCCCCCUGUCCAAACACUGUGCAAAGACACGAGAAGUAGAGGUCUGCCAGCCUGCUUAUUUCCAUCCUCAAUGCCUAGAACUGGGCAGGUCACCAACCUACUAUGCCUACCCCUACCCUUCUUGCUGCCAGAUGUGAAAACAGAGACCCAGAGAAGGGAAAUCAGUUGAAUCCUGCCCUGGAGUUGCUUUUGUUCCUGGAUUUGGAGAGUUCCUGGGAACACAGGGAAAUUGUGUCCCAUUGGUUGGUGAGAGAGCUGGAUGUCUGAACCUCCCACCUCAACACCUCGAAGGUUAUCAUGCAGAUCCCCUCUCUAGCUCCCAAAGCCAUGGAAGAAGUGAAGGAAGACAUUUCAGAGUGGCAGCGCCAUGAUGUCCAUCAGUAUCCAGGGAGAGAAGCCAAGGAGAAGAAACAGUGCCCAGAGAGGGAGCCAGGAGGAGAUGUGUGCUCCUGAAACAGGCUUCUUACCCCAUCCCCUCCCCUGCCCCCUCUAACAUGCCAACAAGGCUCUGUGCCCAAGUUGUGCCAGCUGUCCUGGCCGGUGAUCCUGCUGUGCCGUACAGGCAACUGGCCCUCUGCUCCAGCACAGAGCACACAUGGUGGGGUCUCUCGCACUUCUUUCUAACUCACCCCAGUGUGUCUGUGGUGCAGAUUCCUAGGGAUGCAGGAGGGGGCUGUGGCCCUGCGAGUAGGAAGACAGUGGGCUCUGGGGCCCUUUAGCUGACUCCACUCCUGGCUACCUCAUGCCCUCCAAUCUGAGAAGACAUGUGAAUGCCAUCAGGAUCUGAACCUGGAAUCACCCCCUUCCUCUGAGAAUGCCACUCUGGCUCUGAGACUGACUCACCAGUCCUCACCCUCCACAUAAGUAUAGCCAGGCCAAGACAGGUAUGUCCACCGGCACCAAGGCCCCUGACCUGAAGGAAAGGGCUGCCCUAGGGGUACAGUGGGGCUUGGCCCUAAAUGCGUAUAUGCCUAUGUAUUGGGCACACUGGUUUAUUAGUGUUAUUUCAGCAUUGUGAUGCAGAGAGAGUAAGUGUAACAGCUGCUCCUUGCUUGCAGUGUUUAUUGUUACCUAGAGACAACCUCCUGGCUUUUUCCCAGCUCCCCUCCCCCCCAGCCCAACCCCCUCCCUGCCAACAGUCCUCUCCCCACACUGAUGGGAAAUUUAUAGCUUGCCCAUACCAUGCCUUUAACUCUCUCCUGUCCAUAAGGUAGAUGGGCCAAGGGAAGCCAAAGUGAGCUGUAAGCAUGCUUAGGCCCUGGCAGGGUAGAAUAGUGCGUGGAGGAGGGAAGGAAGGAUGGAGGGAGGGGAGACACCCCUUGUUCCCAAUCAAUGUCUAGACUCGAGCCCCAGUUUCCCUCCUGGCUCUCAUGUUGAGAGAAAAGAGCUUUGGACCUAGUCUUGGGAUCCCAGGCUCCUCCUCACAAGAUUAUUCUUUUUCCUCAGAUUAUUCUCUAAGCUCCUCCCAUUGGGCUGGCUGGUCCCGAGCAAGUGCAGCAAGGUAGUAUUGAGACGGGAGGAAUAACUGCAGAGUGGCAGAGCCUCCAGAUCCCUCCUUUCUAUAGAGAUGUCACAUUGCGGCAAACAAGAGGCUCUGGCAUGAGGGAUGCUGGCCAGACCUCCACAGCUGGAUAGAUGUCAAACAUGAAGCCGGCUGCCGAGCCUGGUGGGGAAAACUGACCACCUUAACUUCAUCCUGAGCCCAGGACUUAGGUCCUGAAAGAGUCCCAGGCCAUCCUCCAAGUUGGUCUCCUUGGUCUGGGUAGGCCACUCUCUCCACUUUUCUUCCUGGUCCAUUUUCUGCUGCUCAUCUUUCGGUUUGAUACCUUGGGGAAGAUCCAAGAGACCAAGGGAACUGAGGCCUCAAUAGUCCUGGGGAAAGAGAAAUUCCUCGAUCCCCUCCUGACUCAGGACCUUUCAUGGAGGGGCACCAUGUCAUAUAUUCAUCAUCCCCACUGGAAACAAGAGAGGAAAAGGGAUUGGAUUUUAGCAGAAAGGAUAGAGGUUAGACACAUGGAAAAACUUACUCAUGAGAUAUAAGACUUCAGAGGGGACCUACUCCUCUUUAGAGAUUUUUCUUUUGCCUGGUAUGAGUUUAAGUCUGUGUCCACCCAAGGGGCAUUGGAAGAACAAAGGGUACUUUUCUGGGGCUCCUCCAGAUGUGGGCCUCAGUGCAGUUUCCUCCUCCGUUCUUCUAAGUGUAGUAGGUGUGGUGGUUAGAUUGCAACGCCAGUGCUGCCAUUUACGAGCUGUGCCACCUUGGUAAGUCGCUUAACCUCUUUUAGCCCUAGUUUCCUUGUCUGUGAAAUGCAAAUAAACAACCUUUUAAGGUGGUGAAGAGAAUUUAGUGAAAUAAUGUGGGUAAAGUACCUAGGACAGUGCCUGAUACUGAGUAGGUGCUCAGUCAACAGUGGUUGAUACAAUAGAGUCUAUUAAUGUUAUGGAAUCAUCAGGGCUGACACCGUGUCAAAGACUCUAUGAAUCCCCUGGAAUUAUAGGCCAAAUGUGAGUAUGUGCGUGUGCUGGGGAGAAUGUCCAUAGUUUUACUGAUGAUUUAGAGCAGGGGGUGGCAGUCUCCUGGAAAGGAAGUAGCCCCAAUCCUUUGACUCAUACUCCCAAAGAAGUCAGUUUCCCCAUUCCCUUGCCUCCAGCUAGGAGUUCCUUAGGUAGUGUUCUGCCUGGAAGUACAACUUCAUCUAGGAUGGAGCCGGGAGAGACAGCCAUUAAGAUAGCAACACGGGGCUUCCCUGGUGGCGCA